UAAUCUGCAGAGGGGCCAUGAGGAAUAUAAGAAGUCCGGUCAGCCCAGCCUGGCCCUCAGAGCCAACCUAGCAUAGAGACCCACACAUCUGCUAGAGAGAGCUGCGCUCAGCGCCCACGCCCACUCUUCUGGCUAGCCUUCACCCAAGCAGCAGAAGAGGACUUCAGAGAGGGAUUGAACACAUAAGCAGCUGCACACAUCAACCAGCUAACUAAUAACCAUGAAUCUCGAGGUCCCCAAGUUGGAGAUCAAGUCUGCCACCCGUGUCACUGGAGGCCCUGCAACACCACGUAAGGGACCCCCUAAAUUCAAGCAGAGGCAGACUCGCCAGUUCAAGAGCAAGCCCCCCAAGAAGGGAAUUCAGGGCUUUGGCGAUGACAUCCCUGGAAUGGAGGGCUUAGGCACUGACAUCACAGUAAUCUGCCCCUGGGAGGCCUUCAACCACCUGGAGCUUAGUGAACUGGCCAAAUAUGGUAUCAUCUAAGUCAUCCAGACCUUCACCAUCCAUCCCGCAGUCCUCUGCAUCCACCUCCGUCUACUUCAAGCCAUGCAUGUGCCUCGAGCACUCUCACUGGGUUUGACUAGAACUUUUCAAACAUAAACCAAAGAAUAAAGAAAUAAAGAAAACGUUA